CGGCGAGUGACCCGGCACUUGACAGCUCAACAUUACGCCCACGAUGCUGCUUUCACCCAGACAACCUCCUCUUCGAUAGGACCCAUGAGACCUCUUCUACGACCACCAUGAUACGCACUUCCUGCGCCUGGGCUCGCUCAAGCUCACGGCGCACAGCACAAAACGUACACGCUUACCCUCGGAACCCCAGCAACAUUUCCGGAAAUGCCACACACUCCAGCUUUGCAGUACAACGAGCGUCUCCUUCGCACGUCGUACGCCGGUAUAAUGCAACAAAGCCUCCUGUAGGCCAGAGAGCGCCUGCGACCGCCACAACAAUACCCGGGCCUAGCUGGCUCUGGCUCGAACCCGUCAUCGAGCCCUUCCGCGCAUACGGGCGCGUGCAGCAACGGAAGCCGUACAUGACACAGCUCGUGAGCUCGCUGGUUAUAUACUUCGUUGGCGACUUGGUUGCGCAGAGCAUCGCUGCACCAGAGGAGGAGGAGACCGUGGAAGAGGAGGAGGAAAGAGGAUGGGUACAGCAGUGGAGUGAAGACCGGGAUUGGGCACGAACGGGGAGAGCGCUGAUCAUUGGAGGGAUCAGCAGUAUACCGAGUUACAAGUGGUUUCUGUGGUUGAGCCAGAACUUUAACUACUCCUCCAAAAUCCUGAGUUUGACGACUAAGGUCGUUGUCAACCAGAUCCUCUUCACUCCCAUCUUCAAUUCUUACUUCUUCGGCAUGCAAACUCUCCUCACCGGCGCCUCUCUCGACGAGAUUGUAGAGCGCAUCAAGCACACUGUACCCAUGAGUUGGGUCAAUAGCUGCAAACUCUGGCCGGCAGUGACGGCGUUCAGUUUUACAUAUGUCCCGAUCCAGUACAGGAGUAUCUUUGGAGGCGUGAUCGCGAUUGGGUGGCAGACCUAUCUGAGUCUGCUAAAUCAGAAGGCCGCUGCACAGGAACACGUUGAGCAUGACGGUAGCGCGAAGCAUGCGCCGCUGGCCAUGACUGUCGAAGAGCAAGAAGAUAGGGCAAGUGGGAAGGAGAAGUGCGCUGCAUGAACGUGCUGCUGAAUCGGGAACGAGGUUUCAGGCUUUGACAGCCAAUAUUUACUUUGUCAUAUUGCAUAGAUCACAUGGAAGAGUUGGAUACAUCGCGAGGCGUUUUGGGUGCCAUUGUGGCGGCUACAUAUCACUAUCAAGAACAACGAAUGCGUAGAAAC